AUGACUAAAACUCCAGAUCCUGAGAUUAAGGUGACCAAAGUUCCCAAAACGACGUCCACCUCCGUGAGGAUCUCUGCAGAUGACUUGUACAGACAGUCCACCCAGUUUCGAUACUGGUCCUACAGAAAGCAGGACUUGGACAAAUUGCGCGUCCAGAUCAACGAUGUGGGAGCCGAAAUGACUGCCCAAAACAUUGCCAAUGCGUUAAAGAGCGAGGAGUUCAAGGAGCAGUAUGUGCCGGGGUCCAUAGAACCCCUCACCCCUGACGAAGAAAACGCCAUUGUGACGUUUUACGCCCGCAAGAUUCCGAAUACGGGCCAAUUUUUUCAGAUGAAUUCCCAGAUAAAAGCCACGGGGAUAGCCUUUUUUCGACGUUUCUACUUAGUAAACAGCGUCAUGGAGUUCCAUCCCAAGCUUAUCUUGCACACCUGUCUCUACCUCGCUUCCAAGUCGGAAAACCACUUUAUUUCAAUCAACUCCUAUAGCAAGCGCAUCCCCAAGUCCACCCCCGAGUCCCUUUUGCGGUUCGAGUUCGAUAUCACCACCGCACUACAGUUUUCCUUGAUGUGCCACCAUCCAUACAAGGCGAUGUAUGGCUUCUAUCUCGACAUCCAGACCUACAUCUCUGACGUGGACCAUGACCGCUUGAACAAGUGCUACGACAAGGGGAAAGGUUUCAUCAACGAGCUGUUAUUUAGUGAUACCCAGUUUCUUUUCUCGCCCCCACACAUUGCGUUAUCCUGCUUGUGGGAGGCCGACAACGAAUUGAUCUCCAGGUAUUUAAAGAGACGAUUUGGGGGGAAUGAGAAGAAGACGAAAACUACGGCGCCUGAAAAUGACAAGGAAGAUGAGGUGAAUGGUGAAAAGGAUGAAGCCGCGGAAUCGGAGGCGGCAAAAGUUCGUGAGGUGACAUUUGACGAUAUGCGGAGAAUCAUAAAGCAGUGCUCGACGAUCAUUAAGAGGGCGUUGAAUCCAACCAUCACCGAUGCCCGUGCCAUCGACAAAAAAUUGCACUAUUGCAUGCACCCGGAGAAGACCUUAAAAAGAAAGCGUGAAGAUACAGGCACCCCGGACCCGGCGAAUGUGAAGGCAAAGAUGGAGAGUACCCAAGCACAAGACCCCAACCAGGUGUGA